GGCGCGCGGGUGGUGGCGCCGCUUCUCCCUGGUUGUAGGCAGCGAGCACGGCCCCGCCGCACCUCUUCUUCCUCCUCCUCCUCCUCCUCCUCCUCCUGGUGCUGCUGCUUCUGCUCCUGCCACUGCUGCCGCCGCGCGGGGCCGUGGUGGCGGCCGCGGAGCUUUGAGCACCCGCCGAAGAGCGUGGCCCUCCGCCCGCUUUGCGCCCGAGGGGAGAGCGGGGAGCCGCGGCGGCCAUGGGUAACGAGGCGAGCUUGGAAGGAGGCGAAGGGCUCGAAGGGGCGGCGGCGGCUGGGGAUGGCGGCGGCCCCGCGGCCCCCUCGCAGCCCCUGGUCCCGGCCGGCGUGGAGGCGGACCUGAGCCAGCUGAGCGAGGAGGAGAGGAGGCAGAUCGCCGCUGUCAUGUCAAGGGCGCAGGGGCUGCCCAGAGGGAACCUCGCCGGCGCGGAGCCGCCUCCCAUGCAAAGGCAUCCUGAUCUUGAUACAAGCCGCCAUCCAAGACAGCCAGGUAAGCCUCCAGAUCCAGGACCAGGUUUAAGUAAAAGCAGAACAGUAGAUGUGCUGAAGACAGAACAGCGGGCACCUGGACGGAGUCCGUCUUCUAUAAGUCUAAGGGAAUCAAAGUCCAGGACUGACUUUAAAGAAGAUCAGAAGCCAAGUAUGAUGCCCAGUUUUCUCUCAGAAGCCAAUCCACUGAGUGCAGUCACUUCAGUUGUGAACAAAUUCAAUCCUUUUGAUUUGAUAUCAGAUUCAGAUGCAGCCCAUGAAGAAGCUGGUAGGAAACAAAAGGUUACCCAGAAAGAUCAGGGGAAACCUGAGGAGCAGAGGGGUCUUGCAAAACAUCCAUCUCAACAACAGUCUCCAAAGCUAGUUCAACAACAAGGGCCUGUCAAACCUACCCCUCAGCAAACUGAGUCUUCCAAACCAGUGCCUCAGCAGCAGCAACCUGGGGAACCAAAGCAAAUUCAGAAACCAGGCCCUAGUCAUCAAGGAGACUCUAAGGUAGAGCAACCGAAACAACCACCCCAGCCACGAGGACCACAAAAAUCUCAGCUCCAACAGUCAGAACCAACAAAGCCUGUACAGCAACAAACUUCUGCAAAACCUUCAGUGGGCCCAACCAAGCCAUUGCCGCAACAACCAGAUAGCGCUAAAACGUCAUCCCAGGCAUCACCUCCCACAAAACCAUCAUCACAACAGUCAGGACCGGUAAAACAACCAUCUCAACAGCCGGCAAGGCAAGGAGGUCCUGUAAAGCCAUCUGCCCAGCAAGCAGGGCCUCCUAAACAGCAACCUGGAUCUGAGAAGCCAUCUGCUCAGCAGACAGGACCUGCAAAACAACCACUGCAGACUGGACCUGGAAAGCCACCUCUGCAGCAAACGGGGCCUGUAAAACAAGUACCACCACAGGCAGGGCCUACAAAACCAUCUUCUCAGACUGCAGGUGCCACAAAGUCCGUAGCACAACAACCAGGACUUACAAAGCCACCGGGCCCACAAUCAGGGCCUGAAAAGCCCUCACAGCAAAAGCAAGCCAGUGCAGCCCAACCUGUGGAAUCCACCCCAAAGAAAACCUUUUGUCCUCUUUGCACUACCACUGAACUGCUACUGCAUGUGCCAGAAAAGGCCAAUUACAAUACAUGCACACAGUGUCAUACUGUAGUCUGCAGUCUGUGUGGAUUUAAUCCUAACCCUCAUAUAACGGAGAUUAAAGAAUGGCUCUGUUUAAACUGCCAGAUGCAAAGAGCGUUAGGUGGGGACCUAGCAUCAGGUCAUGGUCCUGGGCCACAGCUGCCUCCACCCAAACAGAAGACACCAACUCCAACUUCAACAGCUAAACCUUCCCCUCAGUCACAGCCAGGUCAAAAGAAGGAUGCUUCCCCAAAACCUGAUCCUUCACAGCAAGCAGACUCUAAAAAGCCUGUACCACAGAAAAAGCAACCAUCCAUGCCUGGGUCUCCCCCUGUAAAAUCAAAGCAAACUGAUGCUGAGCCUUCUGACACCUUCCAGCAAAUAGAUCCUACUCCAAAGUCUGAUCAGGCCAAACCAACACAGGCUGAAGAGAAGCAAAACCAACCCAGUGUACAGAAGCCUACAACGGAUACUGUGCCUACCUCUGCAGCACCGGGGGUGAAACAGGAUUUGGCAGAUCCUCGGCCUCCAUUAACUCAACAGAAAGUGACAGAUUCCCCAAAGCCAGAGACUACCAAGCCACCAGCGGACACGCAUCCAGCUGGGGACAAACCAGAUUCCAAACCACUUCCACAAGUGUCUCGACAGAAAUCAGAUCCCAAGCUUGCAUCUCAGUCUGGGUCUAAAUCAGAUGCUAAAACUCAGAAGGCCGUUGAGCCAGCACAAGUGAGAGAUGAUCCUAAGAAGUUACAAACAAAAUCAGCCCCAAAACCUGACACAAAACCAGCUCCCAAAGGCCCUCAAGCAGGGACGGGUCCCAAGCCUAUGUCAGCACAGCCAGCACCUCAACCCCAGCAGCCUCAGAAAACUCCCGAGCAAUCCAGGCGUUUUAGCCUUAAUCUUGGAGGCAUCACUGAUGUUCCUAAGCCUCAGCCUACAACACCACAGGAAACAGUUACUGGGAAACUUUUUGGAUUUGGAGCUUCAAUCUUCAGCCAGGCCUCAAGUUUAAUUUCCACAGCUGGUCAACCGGGCUCACAGACAUCAGGCCCUGCUCCACCUGCUGCAAAGCAGCCUCAGCCUCCUUCACAGCCUACGGCCUCUCAGGCACCCCCCAAAGAGGCCACUCAGGCUCAGCCUCUUCCAAAAGCUGCUCCCACAAAGAAAGAAACCAAGCCUCUUGCUAGUGAAAAAUUGGAACCAAUGGCAGCAGAUAGUACUUUAACAACUAAAGGAUCUGAUUUAGAAAAGAAACCUAGUUUGGCUAAAGAUAGCAAGCCUCAGGCUGCUGAAGCUAAGAAACCUGCUGAGCUGUCAGAACAAGAAAAAGCCAGCCAGCCUAAGGUGUCUUGUCCCCUUUGUAAAACUGGACUAAAUAUUGGUUCUAAGGAUCCUCCCAACUUUAAUACAUGUACAGAGUGCAAGAAAGUUGUGUGCAACCUCUGUGGAUUUAACCCAAUGCCGCACAUAGCUGAGGUACAGGAAUGGCUGUGCUUAAACUGUCAGACCCAAAGGGCAAUGUCAGGACAACUUGGGGAUAUGGGCAAGGUGCCACUUCCAAAACUAGGCCCUUCACAACCAGUAUCCAAGCCACCUGCGACUCCUCAAAAACAGCCUGUGCCUGCUGUCUCACAUUCCCCACAGAAGACUUCCACACCGCCUACUCCAGCAGCCACAAAACCUAAAGAAGAACCAGGCGUUCAGAAGGAAGUUCCAAAACUUCAGCAGGGGAAAUUGGAAAAAACAUUGUCAGCUGAUAAAAUCCAGCAAGGAAUUCAGAAAGAAGAUGCAAAGUCUAAGCAGGGCAAACUUUUCAAGACACCUUCAGCUGAUAAAAUACAACGUGUCUCCCAGAAGGAAGACUCAAGACUCCAGCAAACAAAACUGACAAAAACACCAUCAUCUGAUAAAAUUUUGCAUGGAGCUCAGAAGGAGGAUGCAAAAUUUCAAGAGUCAAAACUGGCCAAAACAUCCUCAGCUGAUAAAAUUUUGCAUGGAGUUCAGAAGGAAGACAUAAAAGUUCAAGAGGCAAAAUUGGCAAAGAUACCCUCAGCUGACAAAAUUUUACAUGGAGUUCAGAAAGAAGACCCAAAACUCCAACAGAUGAAAAUGGCAAAGGCAUUAUCAGCUGACAAAAUCCAACCUGCAGCUCAGAAAGAGGAUCCACAACUUCAGGGAGUUAGAUUGUCCAAGGCAGUUUCAGCUGAUAAAAUUCAACAUGGAAUUCAGAAAGAAGAUCUAAAUCUUCAACAUGUGAAAACUGAGAAAACUUCAGUGGAGAAAAUCCAAGAAGAAGCUCAAAAAGAAGAAUUAAAACUUCAGCAAGAGAAGCUGUCAAAGACACUUUCAGAAGAUAAAAUUCCUGCAACAGUAAGUUCAGAUCAAAAGAAACCUUCAAGGAAAUUUGAAGAAGAUAAAAAACCUGAGCUCCUGGAAAAAAGUACUCCACAUCCAGAGGACAAAAAAGAGCAAAUUACAGCUGAGACAAAAGACCGUGUUGCUGAACAGAAAGCAGAAGUUGAAGCACCUUGUGAUAAACUGCAUGAAAAGAAAGAAGAGGAUGUUAAGAAAGAGGGUUUGACAACUGGGAUUCCACAGAUGGUUUCAAAAACUGAAAAAGCGGAGGAAGAAAAAACUCCUGUUCAAGUGUCACGUCUGCCAAGAUCUGACCAUGUGGAAGCAGUGAGAGAAAAAAUGGAGAAGGAGGAUGACAAAUCAGACACAUCAAGCUCUCAGCAACAGAAAAGUCCACAAGGUCUGAGUGACACCGGGUAUUCUUCUGAUGGGAUAUCAAGUUCACUUGGUGAAAUUCCAAGUCAUAUCCCCAGUGAUGAAAAGGACUUAACCAGAGAAUCUAGUAAAAAAGACACUAUUUCACAAGAAAGUCCACCAAGCCCCUCAGAUCUAGCUAAAUUGGAAAGUACUGUCCUUUCUAUUUUGGAAGCUCAGGCAAGUACACUUGCUGAUGAAAAAUCUGUGAAAAGGAAAGAACUUCAUGAAGCAUACAGUGAUCAGACAAAGGAUCAACAUAAAACAAAGCCUUUGCCAGUCACUCCAGAGUCUUACAGUUCUGAUGAGGAAGACUUAGAAAGUAUUCAAGAAGGUGAAAGAACCAUUGCAGCAGAUGGCAAAGGAGGUUCUUCCUCCCGAACUGACUACAAGGAAGAAGGUGGAGGAGAUGACACACCAGCAAGAAGACAACGCUAUGAUUCUGUGGAAGACAGCAGUGAGAGUGAAAACUCACCUGUACCAAGGAGAAAGAGAAGAGCUAGUGUUGGUUCAUCAAGUAGUGAUGAGUACAAACAAGACGACAGUCAGGGAUCCGGUGAUGAGGAAGACUUCAUUAGAAAACAAAUUAUAGAGAUGAGUGCUGAUGAAGAUGCCUCAGGUUCUGAAGAUGAUGAAUUCAUUAGAAAUCAACUUAAAGAGAUCAGUGUAACUGAAAGCCAAAAGAAAGAAGAAGUGAAAAGCAAAGCCAAAGGAACAGCAGGAAAACACAGGAGAAUGGCACGGAAAAGUAGUGCAGGAUAUGAUGAGGAUGCAGGAAGACGACAUUCGUGGCAUGAUGAUGAUGAUGAGACUUUUGAUGAAAGCCCAGAGCCAAAAUACAGGGAAACUAAAAGUCAAGAUGGUGAAGAACUUGCUAUAAGUGGGGGAGGAGGCCUUCGGCGUUUCAAAACAAUAGAAUUAAAUAGUACAAUAACAAGCAAGUAUUCUGAGACACCUGAACAACAGAAGGGUAUUUUGUAUUUUGAUGAAGAGCCUGAGCUAGAGAUGGAAAGUCUUACGGAUUCGCCUGAAGAUAGAUCUAGAGGAGAAGGAUCUUCUAGUUUACAUGCUUCUAGUUUCACACCAGGUACGUCGCCUACUUCAGUGUCAUCACUUGAUGAAGAUAGUGACAGCAGUCCUAGUCACAAAAAACUGGGAGGGGAGAGCAAACAGCAGCGCAAAGCUAGACAUCGGUCUCAUGGUCCUCUUCUUCCAACUAUUGAAGAUUCUUCAGAAGAAGAAGAACUACGGGAAGAAGAAGAACUGCUAAAGGAACAAGAGAAACAGCGUGAGUUAGAACAGCAACAAAGAAAAAGUUCUAGCAAAAAAUCUAAAAAGGACAAGGAUGAACUGAGAGCUCAGAGAAGAAGAGAACGUCCAAAGACUCCUCCAAGUAAUCUUUCUCCCAUUGAAGAUGCAUCUCCAACAGAAGAAUUACGACAGGCAGCAGAAAUGGAAGAGCUGCACAGAUCUUCCUGUUCAGAGUACUCACCUAGUAUUGAAUCAGAUCCUGAAGGAUUUGAAAUCAGCCCAGAAAAAAUAAUAGAAGUACAAAAAGUUUACAAAUUGCCUACUGCUGUCUCUCUAUACUCACCAACAGAUGAAAAACUAAUGGGAGUCCUAAAAGAAGAAAGUGGUCAAAAGACACUGAAAAGUGCUGAGGAGGUAUACGAGGAAAUGAUUCAUAAGACCCACAAGUCCAAGUCUUUUCAAAUUACAAGUGAAAAAGAUGAAGUAUUUGAAAAAGAAUCUUUGUAUGGUGGGAUGCUAAUAGAGGAUUAUAUUUAUGAAUCUUUAAUAGAGGAUACUUACAAUGGAAGUGUUGAUACUAAUCUUGCAAUGAGACAAGAUGAGAGUAAUGAAUAUAUACAGCAGAGAGGAAAAGAGAAAAAAAUAAGGGCUUCAGAACAGAUCUAUGAUGAACCACAGAAAAUUAGUGAUCUACAGGAAGACUAUUAUAGUGUAGAGCCUUUAUGUUCAAUUGUGCCUCAAGAAGACAUUGUUUCUAGCUCUUAUAUUAUUCCAGAAAGUCACGAAAUAGUUGUAUUAGACAGCACAGUAACUUCCACCACUGAAGAAAAGCAGUUGUUAGAUGCAGAAGCUGCUUAUGAAGAGCUUAUGAAAAGACAAAGAAUGCAGCUAACCCCUGGGUCCAGUCCAACACAGCCAACUUCAGAUUUUGCUCCUGCAUCUGAUACGAAGGUGUCUAGUGUUGGAGAAAUAGCAGAUAGUACAUCUUUAACGUCAAGCACCACUUCAGCAAUCUCAGAUGUAUCAUCUCUCAGUAGCAUAGCACUUUCUAUUCCGGAUGUUAAAAUAACACAGCAUUUUACAGCAGAGGAAAUAGAAGAUGAAUACUUAACAGAUUAUGCCAGAGAAAUUCAAGAAAUAAUUUCUCAUGAAACAUCGAUGUUGACAUACUCUGAGAUAUCAGAAGGUGCUGCAUCAAUUUUACCUUCUGAUACAGCUUCCUUAACAUCGUCUACAUCUUCUGUUUGUACCACAGACAGUUCAUCACCUAUAGAUAGUGCAACCACAGGUUAUGUAGAUACAACAGAUGCUGUAAGUAAACUAGCAGAUUCUGAAGGUGUCAAGAUAAUAGCCCAAGUUCCCUUUACAUCUACAGAAGAGUACUCUGAAGUGAGCAUGCCUUAUGAAUCUGUUGCUGGAGAUACUACAAAGCCAACUAUAGCCUCAGAUAUGGAUACUGUGCAUCAAGCUGCAGUUUGUUUGCCUGAAACUACACCUUCGGUAUUCACCACUACAGUUAUGAAACCCAAGCAAUAUACAGCUGAUACCAUUACUUUUGAUAUCUCCACAGCAGAAAAGGAUGUAGCUAGAAAAAUGAAAAGUACAGUAGAGGCUGGCAUUGUCAAAAUUCAUCAUGAAGAUUCAUACAAAGAACUGAGUCUUGAUAUGACAAGGAUUAACUUGACCGGCGCUACAUCUGAGCAACCACCCAUAUGUGUAGCAUCAGUUUCAGUUAAAGAGCCUGCAUCAGAAACACCUCCUGUACCUACUCCCAGAGUAAUAAGUAAGACCAGCAUGGUCUCCAUGCCUUCCUCAGCUCCUGCUCUAACAUCCAAAGUAUUUUCACUUUUUAGAAGCUCUUCUUUGGAUUCUCCUGCACAGCCUUCUCCGCCCCCACCUCCUCCUCCACCACCUCCUCCUCCUCCACCAUUACCUCCACCUAUUUUACCCAAACCAGCCAUUUAUCCCAAAAAGAAGUCACAGAUUCAGGCUUCCAUGGCAACAGCUCCCACAACAGUACCUUUAGUAACAAGCGUUGCAACACUGGAAUCCACAGCUGUAUUAAAGAAUCAUGCGGUACCUAUCACAAAAACAUACACCCCAACACCACCUCCUGUACCACCCAAGCCGUCCUCCAUUCCAGCAGGGCUCGUUUUCAGUCACAGGCCUACUGAAGUAACUAAACCUCCAAUUGCUCCUAAACCAGCCAUUCCUCCACUCCCAAUAGCUGUUCAUAAGCCAGCGGAAACGCAGGCCAAACCAAUAGGUUUAUCAUUGACAUCAAGUAUGACUCUGAAUUUGGUCUCUUCAGCUGAAUACAAAAUAGCAUCUCCCACAUCCCCUUUGUCUCCACACUCUAACAAAUCUUCACCAAGGUUGACAAAACCCUCACAGGAAACCUAUGUUGUCAUCACAUUGCCAUCUGAGCCUGGAACUCCCACAGAAGCUAUCACUAGUCAGGCUGUUACCAGCUGGCCUUUAGAAGCACCUUCUAAAGAACAGAUUUCCCAGCCUUUGCAACCAGUUUUUACUCCAUCCAUGAAAGCUGUGGAAAUUCAAAGUGCAGCAGAUCAGAGUAUGUAUAUUACAGGUGCUUUGCAAACUAUUCCUAUUACAACGCAAUCAACUUUUGAAAAAUUACCUAGUUCAAAAUUAGAAGCAGUAACAACAGAGGUAGCCAAGACCACAGCAUCUGUAGUGAAGCACCCAGUGCCCAGUGCUGGUUUAGGUAGUGUUGCUAUUACUAUACCUCCAGAGCCAAUAUAUAUAACAGAUCAACCCAGGUAUAGAGAGAAUGGAAGAUUCCAUCCUUUGGGUGAUGUCAUUGAUCUUCGCACUUUAACUAAGAUGGAUAUUGAAAUGAGAGACAGCUGUAUGGAUCUGUCUGCUGUUUCCAUGGAUGCUAGAAGGCAAAUGCCAGCAGGUGAUACGUCUGGGAGGCCAGUAAGUACUGUUCAACCAGCUAUCAUAAAUCUUAGUACUGCAUGUGUUGCAGAUCCUUCUCUGUCUAUAGUCACUGAGACAGUAACUGUCAUGACCUGCACUGCCACUGUAAGCUACUCUGCCAGCACAGACAGCCUUGUGGAUCUGGGACAUGCAAUGACAACUCCACUGCAGCUAACAACAUCAAAACAUUUUGAGCCUGUGUACAGAGUAACAGGCAGCCAGCCUUUCUCUGUAAGUAGAGAUGAAGUGCCAAUAAAUUUAUCCCUAGGUACUUCAACACAUGCAGUGACAUGGGCUGCUACAAAGCCUGUUACUGUACCACCUGUUAGUGUCACAAAUGGUUGGACUGAUCUCUCCACUUCUCAGGAGCCAAUGGAGAUUGGAGCAGUUGACCUUAGCACUACAAAAUCUCAUAGAACUGUCGUAACAAUAGAUGAAACUACUUCAGGUAUUGUAACUACAGUAAUAGAAGAUGAUGAAAAGCCUGUGGACCUGACUGCAGGAAGAAGAGCCGUCUGCUGUGAUAUGGUUUAUAAACUGCCAUUUGGUAGAAGCUGUACAGCACAGCAACCUCCAACUACGCUUCCUGAGGAUCGCUUUGGUUAUAGGGAUGACCACUAUCAAUAUGAUCGUUCAGGGUCAUAUGGCUACCGAGGAAUGGGAGGUAUGAAACCAUCUAUGUCUGACACAAAUUUAUCAGAAGCUGGACUGUUUGCAUACAAAAGCAAGAAUAGCUUUGAUUAUCGAGCUGGGGCAACUGAUGCAGCAGUAGAUCUUACUUCUGGAAGAGUUACUACAGGUGAGGUUAUGGAUUACUCAAGCAAGACCACUGGUCCUUACCCAGAGACUCGACAGGUAAUUUCUGGCAUCGGGAUCAGUACACCACAAUAUUCCCAAGCAAGAAUGGUAUCAUCCCUCAGUUCCCCAUUCGGCACUGGAAGUGUUUUAAGAUCAUCCAAUGGUGUUGUUUAUUCUUCAGUAGCAACUCCAAUCCCAUCUACAUUUGCCAUCACUACGCAACCUGGUUCUAUUUUCAGUACAACUGUCAGAGAUUUACCUGCUCUCCAAACAAUUGACUCAGUGCCCUCAUUAUCAACUUUGCAACAAAAUCAACCACUUCCAAGAUCAUACAGUUUCUUGACAACAAUGGCAGCUGAAAAAGAUGCAAGUACUACCCUUGACAUUGAGACAGGCUUACCACCUCUUACUCUAGAAACUAUUGCCACUGAGCCAACCAACUUAAUACCUGCUACAGCAUCUGAAGUUUAUACAGAUGUAAUCGAAGAUGAGGUUGCUCUUAUCAUUGCCCCUGAAGAAGGCAAACAGCAGCAGCUUGAUUUGGAGCGUGAACUUCUUGAACUCGAGAAAAUUAAGCAACAGCGCUUUGCAGAAGAGCUGGAAUGGGAACGUCAGGAAAUUCAAAGAUUUAGGGAACAAGAGAAGUUUAUGGUGCAAAAAAAGCUUGAGGAGCUGCAGUCCAUGAAACAUCAUCUCUUAUUUCAGCAAGAAGAAGAGCGGCAAGCUCAGUAUAUGAUGAGACAAGAGACAUUAGCCCAGCAACAGUUGCAACUUGAACAAUUCCAACAACUUCAACAACAGCUCCACCAACAGUUAGAGGAACAAAAAAUUCGACAAAUAUAUCAGUAUGGGUAUGACCCUUCAGGAACUGGCUCUCCACAAACAACCACAGAUCAAGCACUUUUGGAAGGACAGUAUGCAGCCACAGAAAAUGGCCAGUUUUGGCCUACUGAUGAUGCAACCACUACAGCUUCAGGAGUGCUGGGUAUUGAAAUUCCACAAAGCCAAACAUGGUAUACAGUUCAGUCAGAUGGCAUUACCCAAUACAUACCUAGGUCUGGCAUCCUAAGCUCUGUUUCAGAAAUGUCUCUGAAGGAUAUUGAUGUUAGAGAGGAGAAGCAAUUGAAAAAGAGGAGUUCUAUGCCAAAAUUACGUGGUCCCUAUGAGGGGCUGGAGGAGACUCUGGAAGAAGAGCCCAGAUGCUACAAAAAGAUAGUGGACAGUGGAGUGCAAACUGAUGAUGAAGACGGAGCAGACAGAGGUUACACAAACAGGAGACGGAGAACUAAGAAGAGUGUUGAUACAAGUGUCCAGACAGAUGAUGAAGAUCAAGAUGAAUGGGAUCUUUCUAGCAGAUCUAGAAGAAAGCCUCGUGUAGGGAAAUACAGUGAGAGUACCACAGAGGCAGACAAAGCAAAACAAUUCUCCAAAGUAUCUAGUAUUGCAGUUCAGACAGUAGCAGAGAUUUCAGUUCAAACAGAACCUGUAGGAACAAUAAGAACACCUUCAAUCAGGGCUCGAUUGGAUGCUAAGGUUGAAAUCAUAAAACACAUUUCAGCUCCAGAAAAGACAUAUAAAGGAGAAAGUUUGGGAUGUCAAACAGAGACAGAGUCAGAUAGUCAAAGUCCCCAGUAUUUGUCAGCUUCAUCCCCUCAGAAAGAUAAAAAACGCCCAACACCAUUAGAAAUAGGCUACUCAUCUCACCUUCGUCCAGCUUCCACUCUGCAGGUAGUCCCUUCCCCUCCCAAAUCUCCCAAAGUUCUCUAUUCACCCAUUUCACCUGUUUCACCAAGCAAAGUUAUAGAGUCAGCAUUUGUACCCUAUGAAAAAUCCAUCACUGAUGACAUCAGCCCUCAGAAGAUGCUACAUGCUGACAUUGCCAAGGUUCCUCCAUCAAGCCCAAAGGCAGCAAAGAUGAUGCAACGCUCUAUGUCUGAUCCUAAGCCCCUGAGUCCCACAGCAGAAGACAGUUCCAGAGCUCAGUUUCAAUACACUGAGGGUUUCAUGACAAAAGGUUCCUCAAGCAUCACUCCAUCCAGCACUCAGAAGAAGGUGAAGAGGACUCUGCCCAACCCACCUCCAGAGGAAGCAACAGCAGGAACUCAGUCGCCGUAUACUUCUGUGGGAUCAGUUUCACGCAGAAGGAUUUGUAGGACCACCACUAUGGCCAGAGCCAAAAUUCUUCAGGAUAUAGACAGAGAAUUGGAUCUGGUUGAACGAGAAUCCGCCAAACUUAGGAAGAAGCAAGCAGAGCUAGAUGAGGAGGAAAAAGAAAUAGAUGCCAAACUGAGGUACUUGGAAAUGGGCAUUAAUAGGAGGAAAGAAGCCUUAUUAAAAGAAAGAGAAAAGAGAGAGCGUGCCUAUCUCCAAGGAGUAGCAGAAGAACGUGAUUAUAUGUCAGACAGUGAAGUUAAUAAUACCAGGUCAACCAGAAUAGAAACUCAACAUGGCUUGGAAAGACCACGUACUGCACCCCAGACAGAAUUCAAUCAGUUUAUGCCACCACAAACCCAGCCCGAAACACAGUUUGCCCCUGCUACAAGCCCAUAUGCUCAGUAUCAAUAUCCAUCUCCUGCCCUGCCUACGCAAGCACCAACGCAGUUUACACAGCAGUCCCAUUACCAACAACAGCAGCCUUUGUAUCACCAGCAGGUUUCCCCCUAUCAGACCCAGACAGCUUUCCAAACAGGAGCUACUAUGUCCUUUACUCCACAGGCUCAACCUCCACCAACUCAACAGCCAUCCUAUCAACUUUCAUCACAGAUGAUGGUGAUACAGCCAAAGCCAAGACAAACUCCAUUAUAUUUGGAGCCUAAGAUAACAACAAACUAUGAUGUGAUUCGCAAUCAGCCUCUCAUGAUAGCACCAGUUUCAACUGACAAUAAUUAUGCAGUGUCCCAGCUGGGCAGUAAGUAUUCUACUUUGGACUUAAGGAUAGGACUAGAUGAGAGAAACAGUAUAGCAAGCAGCCCUAUAUCAAGCAUAUCUGCAGAUUCAUUCUAUGCAGAUAUAGACCACCACCAUACACCCCGAAAUUAUGUGCUGAUUGAUGAUAUAGGUGAACUUACUAAAGGAACAGGAGCACUUGGUUCCAGUUUUAGCCUCCAUGAAAAAGAUCUAACCAAAACAGAUCGACUGCUUCGCACAACUGAGGCCAGGAGAGCACAAGAAGUAUCAGACUUCCUAGCACCACUGCAGACUUCUUCUAGGUUACAUUCCUAUGUUAAAGCUGAUGAAGACCCAAUGGAGGACCCUUAUGAGCUAAAACUUCUGAAACAUCAGAUAAAGCAAGAGUUCCGUAGAGGUGCAGAAAGUCUUGAUCACUUGGCUGGCCUGUCACAGUAUUACCACCCGGAGGGCAGCUUCAGGCAUUUUCCCAAGUCUGAGAAAUAUAGCAUAGGUAGGCUUACCCUUGAGAAACAGGCUGCCAAGCAGCUUCCAGCAGCCCUCCUUUACCAGAAGCAGUCAAAACACAAGAAGGCUUUGAUAGACCCCAAACUAACAAAGUUUUCACCUAUUCAAGAAAGUAGAGACCUUGAGCCUGACUAUUCAACCUACAUGACUUCAUCAAGCACGUCAUCACUCGGGGGAAUUACUACUAGGGCAAGGCUUCUUCAGGAUGAUAUCACUUUUGGCCUUAGAAAAAAUAUCACUGACCAACAAAAAUACAUGGGGGCACCACUAACUUCAUCCAUUGGUGCAGGCCUUGGGGCUGCACUAGGUCCAGCAAUGAGAUCCACAUUACAAGAUGAAGCAGACAAGUCUUAUAGCAGUGGUAGUAGAUCUAGGCCCUCAUCCAGACCCUCCUCAGUUUAUGGGCUUGAUUUGUCUUUGAAAAGGGAUUCUUCCAGUUCUUCUUUAAGACUGAAAGCCCAAGAAGCUGAACCCCUAGAUGUUUCAUUUAGCCAUGCAGCACCUUCUGGAAGAACUAAACCCACCAGUCUACCUAUUAGCCAAAGCAGGGGAAGGAUCCCAAUUGUAGCACAGAACUCAGAGGAAGAAAGCCCACUAAGUCCCGUUGGCCAACCAAUGGGAAUGGCAAGAGCGGCAGCUGGACCCUUGCCACCAAUAUCUGCAGAUACCAGGGACCAGUUUGGAUCAAGCCAUUCAUUACCUGAGGUCCAGCAACAUAUGAGGGAGGAGUCACGGACUCGAGGCUAUGAUCGAGAUAUAGCCUUCAUCAUGGAUGACUUCCAGCAUGCCAUGUCAGACAGUGAAGCCUACCAUCUCCGUCGUGAAGAAACAGAUUGGUUUGACAAGCCCAGGGAAUCUCGUUUGGAGAAUGGACAUGGCCUCGACAGAAGGCUGCCCGAGAAGUUGUCCCACUCUCGACCACCAAGUCAGCACCAAGAUCAAAUAAGCUGCCAAAAGAUUUUGUUUCACACAUGCGAAACUCCAGUUUUCUUACCAGAUGACAUCAGAAUUGCUCAAUUACAUCCCACAGAGCUUGUACAAUUAAAGAUAAAUGGGAAGCCCCUGCAGUACAUUUGCCCUCAUGCAAGGCUCAAACUACUGAGAGACCCAAAGGAUCACACAGUUUCAGGCAAUGGACUGGGAAUCCGAGUUGUAGGUGGGAAAGAAAUUCCGGGAAGCAGUGGAGAAAUUGGAGCUUACAUUGCCAAGGUCUUGCCUGGAGGCAGUGCAGAGCAGACAGGGAAGCUAAUAGAAGGAAUGCAGGUUUUGGAAUGGAAUGGCAUCCCCCUGACUGGAAAAACCUAUGAAGAAGUACAGAAUAUUAUUAUUCAGCAGUGUGGGGAAGCAGAAAUAUGUGUAAGACUGGACCUGAACAUGCUCUCGGAUUCCGAGAAUCCCCAGCACCUGGAACUGCAUGAGCCAGUAAAGGCAGUAGAUAAAGCAAAGUCCCCAGGGGUUGAUCCCAAGCAGCUGGCUGCAGAGCUCCAAAAGGUUUCCCUACAGCAGGCACCUCUGGUUGCUUCCUCAGGAGUAGAAAAGUCUUCACACGUCCAUUCUGGAACCACUUCUGCCACUUCCAGCGCUGUUCCCAGCCCUGGUCAACCUGGUUCUCCCUCAGUCAGCAAAAAAAGACAUAGCAGCAAGCCCACUGAAGCUACGAAGUCUGCUUCUCAUCCAAUCACUGGAGAAAUUCAGCUUCAAAUCAAUUAUGACAAACACCUUGGCAACCUUAUCAUCCAUAUUCUUCAAGCCAGAAACCUUGCUCCCAGAGACAAUAAUGGCUAUUCUGAUCCCUUUGUUAAAGUUUAUCUUCUUCCAGGGAGAGGUGCUGAGUACAAGCGAAGAACUAAGUACGUGCAGAAAAGCCUGAAUCCUGAGUGGAAUCAGACAGUCAUUUAUAAAAAUAUCUCCACGGAGCAGCUGAAAAAGAAAACACUGGAAGUAACUGUCUGGGAUUAUGAUAGAUUCUCCUCGAAUGACUUCCUUGGUGAAGUAUUGAUCGACUUGUCCAGUGUCUCUCAGCUUGACAACACUCCUCGGUGGUACCCUUUGAAAGAACAGAGUGAGAACAUUGAUCACGGGAAAUCUCAUUCCGGACAGAAUAGCCAGCAAUCUCCAAAACCAUCUGUCAUCAAGAGCAGGAGUCAUGGAAUCUUCCCAGACCCUUCCAAGGACAUGCAGGUUCCCACCAUUGAGAAAUCCCACAGCAGUCCAGGGAGCUCCAAAUCUUCUUCUGAAGGACACCUACGCUCUCAUGGGCCAUCCCGCAGCCAAAGCAAAACCAGUGUCACUCAAACCCACCUUGAAGACGCUGGGGCAGCCAUCGCUGCUGCUGAAGCAGCUGUCCAACAGCUUCGCCUUCAACCAACAGCACAUAAAAGCGGUCAAUCUAAUCAUGCCAGGAAGCAGCACAGACACAGCAUAGCAGGAGUCCUCCCUAUUCAAAGAACUCAGUCUGACAAUCUGCCUCCACCAGCCAAUGACAACAAAGACCAAAGCCAACUAGCCCUCAGGAAAGUGAUGUCUGAUGGACCAGUCAAGCCUGAAGGAGCAAGGUCUACUAACCACCGACCUGCAGAAAGUUCUGUCUCCACUGGCUCGUCAGUCAGUAGCUUUGGCAGUGGAUACAGCAUGGAUAGUGAAGGCAGCAGCAGUGCCACGGGAGAGAAUAAUCUGUUUCCCAUCCCAAGAAUAGGGAAGAUGAGCCAGAAUGGACAAGAACCAAUAAAGCAGUCAGGAGUGGGAUUAACUGAUGCCGAAGGUAAAACACAAGUUAUGGGUGAAAUCAAGAUUGCAUUAAAAAAGGAAAUGAAGACAGAUGGAGAACAGCUGAUAGUAGAAAUCCUUCAGUGCAGAAAUAUCACAUACAAAUUUAAAUCUCCAGAUCAUCUACCAGACCUGUAUGUGAAACUAUAUGUUGUCAACAUCUCUACCCAGAAGAGAGUAAUUAAGAAGAAAACCAGGGUAUGCAGGCAUGACCGAGAACCUUCGUUCAACGAAACAUUUAGAUUUAGCUUGAGUCCUGCUGGACAUUCUCUUCAGAUUCUGCUUGUCUCCAAUGGAGGGAAGUUUAUGAAAAAGACACUGAUUGGGGAAGCAUAUGUCUGGCUUGACAAAGUGGAUCUAAGGAAAAGAAUAGUAAACUGGCACAAACUGUUGGUUAGCUCUACGCAAACACACUGAGCAGAGUUGUCUGCUUAGGGCACAAAAGAGUCUGCUAUAAAUAGCAUCACUCCAAGACUAUCGUUUGAAAUCAUUGUGUUAAGCUAGUCUUUCUGAAUACGAAGUAGAAAAGAGCAGUCUCUGGGCUACAUAGCACACUUAAAUGAGGGCUAGUAUCCUUGUUUUGCUGCAAAAGACAGCAAAGUAAAAAAUAAAAUUAAAAAAAAAAAACCAACAACCUGGGCCCAGAAGUUCAAGUGAGGCUGUUUGAAAUGAAGACUGCUGUGAGGGCUCUAUGUUGUUGGACUCUUUGUGAAGAGAGUAACUGUGAAGGAAAUAAUGAAGGCUGGAAGGCAGGUGUUAAUGCAUAGUUUGGCUGCAGCUGGAGGCGGUGUGAUGUAAAGUGCAGUCUGGUUUCCUGUGUGACCAGAAGGAGAUCAUUUUAUGCAAAAGCACCUAGGGUGACUGACUUUCUAAAUCUCACUUAUUAGAAGUGCAAACUUGUUCCUCUGCACCUUAGGAUCUCUGAUAAUUUGUUGUAGUGAUAUUAUGCCACUUGACACAAACUGCAAGACGUUUGCAAGAGUGGUAAUGUUAUUUUACAUUACUUUUUUCCUUCUUUCUUUUCCCUUUAAAAACUAUGGUGUGGAGAAUCAAUCCUAACUGUUUCUAUUGUUUCUGUGUGUUAACAGUGGAUAGAAACCACUGUCCUAGAAUGUAAUAGAUAAAACUAUACUAAUGAUUUGUAGUUUGGAAUGUGGUUUUAAAGAGAAAAGACAGUAUGUGAAAUGCACUACACCAGGAAGAAAGAAUGCUGUUUCGAUUUCAGUGACACUGUACUUCACCCUACUUUUUAGCAGCUUUAACAAAAUUUGGAAUAGAGGAGAUAUAAGCGCUGGGACUAACACAACUAUUUCAACUUGUCCUUCUAUUUUUCAACAAUCAGUCUUAUUCCAAAACUGUACAGAGAUGACGAACUGUAGACUAUCCUGUAGGCAUUUUGGAGCAGUAGACCCACUGUGGUACCACCACCCUGGGCAGUGCAGGGCUCAUUGUCAACAUCACCUGAAAGCUAAAGGGAAGAGGUACCAGGACAGCUCCUGCCUGGGAGCUGUUGCGUUAAAGUUGAGAAUAUCCUCCUGCUAUCUCAGGUGAAUUUCUGAGUACUGAGUUAUGAAAAAAGUAAAUAGGAAUGUAUCUUGCAACACUUAAGACUGUCAACAGUUCAGGGAUUCAGGGACUGCAACUGAGCAGUUAGCUCACUUUGGGCCGCAACUACUGCAUGAGAUGGUUUAGGCUGAGUGUUGCAUUUUUCCUCUUAAUAUUUUUUAAGAAAAAGGAGAGCUUUUAAAGAAAGCAGUUUCUUUAAAAACAAGAGUCAGUGUGGUAUUAACUCUCUUUUUCCUCAGAAGUCAGUUAAUAUUUCACAGCUUCAUUAGAAAAUGGUUUCCCUUGAAACAUUACCUCAUGACCUUUGCAUACUUAAAAAGAAAAUGAUCUAACUUGUGCACUUCAGACUUUAAUUUUUCUUGACCCAUUAGGAAAUUUCACAAAUCAUUUAACGUACAUCUUCAUUUGCUUUCUGAAUUUAUUUAUAUGUAGCACACUUCCACAGGUUGUACAAGACCAACUGAAAAUGUUCUUUUGGAAAAUAACACAUACUUAAAACAAAAUUAAAAAAAAUAAAGGAAAAAUAAAGCUCAGCUCAUUCUGAAGUUGGACUGACCACGAGAAAACCACACACCAAUUAAUCUGGUGACGCUUCCCACAUAGAGUUUUUGAUUUAUCUUUGCCAGCUUAAAAUAAAAGUGUGGAAAAGAAAUAUAGCAAGAAACACCCAGAAAAUAUUAAAGAUGUAUGCACCAGAGAAAUUCCCAUUAAGCUGUUGAUAACCUGCUGGUAGCCUGCUUGACUUGCAAGCAGAGCUAUCUUAUCUAAAUCCUAUUUGAUAAACACAACACCACUGACAGUGGAAGUAGGAGGUGUGCUUUAAUGUUGAAUUUUAUGCUUUCACCAGUAUGUGUGUACCUCACCUCUCUAAUAUUUUAAAAGUUCUCUAGAGCUAUUGUAAACAUCCUAUAUGUUUUGAUGUUACGUAUGUUUUUAUAAGAGGAUAAAUAUUUCAAAGAAAAAAACCCCUUUCAAACAAACAAACAAAAAUGUAUGUGGAUAUAUUUGACAUAUGUGUUGCUCUUUUGGGGGGUUAUCUUGCAUUCCUGAUGGCUAUGCUGUGGUUGUUGUUUCUUUAAAAAAAAGUAAUAAUUAGUCCAGUUUCAAUAACUGUGCAAAGUACAAGCCAUGAGGUGUGCAAUUUUGUGCAAACUGCUGGUAAUUUUGUUCUUGCUAAGAUUUAUUAUAAAGACAGCAAGUCAUGCUGGUAGUUGCUAUGGAGACUUCCAGCAGGAAUGAGCACUAUCUGGCUGUCUUCCUGGGAAGCCUGUAAUCAUCACUCUUAAUUGAGAAAGAGGACAGGCGUGCUUUGCUCUCACAAUGUAUACAAAUGUGGCCAAUAUUUUUAUAAAAUAGUUGUGUUGGUUGGUAUAGCUGUGGCUGUAUGGAACAGCUAUCUUUGCCUGCUAAUCAGCUGUCAGCAACUGGUUUAAUUCAAGCAUCUUAGAUUCUCUGAACAACACACAACAUGUUUCUGGAUGUUGAAAUUGCAGUUUUGGAUUCCUAUCAUGAAAAGCAAAGAGCAGAUUGAGGCCAGCCUUGGCCAGCUGCAGCAAGAAUGGGGCUCCUUAGGUGUUGUACAGGACAGGACAGGGACAGACCUGGGCCCACACGCUCUCUCUUUUCCAAAGCAGCAUCAUUCAGAGGUCAGAGGAUGUUUCCAAAGUGUGCCAAGUUCCUUUUUUUGACCAAAUUUCUAGGUUGUACUGGAAUCACUCUAUGCAACACAGAUUCAUAUUUGAAUGCUUUUUUUCCUUUUUUUUCCCUUGUUUUAUGAAUGAAGCCAGGAAAAACUCUCUUGUGACAAUGUUUUUUAAAAAAAAUAAUCAAACAAGGACUAUUAGUAUUUUUUUACUUUUUUGUAUAUAUCUUGGUAUAUUUUUUUCACUUUUUUCUCAUUAUUUUUUGUUUCUGUUAUCUGGCCAAAAAAAAAUGCUUAGAUGUGACAACAGCUUUUAUCAUUUCUGAGUGAUUGGUUAUUAAUGAGUUUGCACAUUCCGACAAUUGCUUUAAAGAUGCAUAGUGCAGGUAGACAAUAGCACAGGCAUUUAAACUUUUUUAUUCAUAAAUCUGCUGUGUCGACGGAGAUUGAAGCUGCUUCUUUGUUCAAGGCCUUGUAUAGUGGAAACAAGCUGAAAAAUGAGCAAAAGCACAGUGUGUGUGUUUACAAAUGACAGGGAUUUCUAAUGUGGUCAUUAUUAUUACUCAUACAAUGAGCAGCAAUUAACCACAUGUUUUUUUUCCAGAUUAAAAAUAGACAUGAGAGUUUCUAUGAUGAAUGUUGAGCUAGUUCUUUAUCAUUACACUUUAAAGGGAUAGUAUCCAGGGGCAAUGAGUGCUGCUUCUUUAUUACCCACAUUUUUACAUUGCAUGGAUCUAUUGUGGAAGAAACAAAAACCCAAUCCAAACCAGUUAAAGUCAGAAACAACUGUUCUCUUGACUUAACCUGGCUUUAAACCAAGAUCUAGGAAAUGUCUGAGUUAUUUUUCUGGAUGCUGGGUGUCUGCAUGGUUGUGGGAUAUGGUAGCUGGUAACCAGCUGAUAAUGAUCCUUUCUUUGAGGAUGAUGAUGAAGAAAAAGAAGACAUCUAUUAUAUUGUAAGGUAGUGUGUGCCCAAUAGAGAUUAUUUAAUUAGGAUUUAGUUUCAUGGAGAUAUCAUAAAGAUGUUAAUAGUAUUUUUUUAAAUUAUUAUUUGAAUCAUAACUGACACUAUUUUUAAGUACUUUAUUUUCAUUGCUACAAUGUUGAAUGUCCCAGAUUCCAUUAUUUGAGUAUAUAUCUAGAUAUGUACAUACCUAUGUGAAUAACAGAGAAAAUUUGCAUUUGUUUGAGUGUAACUUAUAAAGGUAAUGAAACAGAGAGGAAAACUAGUGUAAGUAUCCAUCUACAUUAUAUUUAAACCCUAUUCCUCCAUGCCUUGUGAAUUUUCAGUACACCUGGCAUGCAGGAUCUAUCAUUCUUUGUGAAUACAUGUUGCCUUUAGAAGGAAAAUAGAAGGAAUAGAUGAAUCCGGAUACUCUCUCUUUAAAUCAUAAGAAGCAUUUUGAUGUUUUCUGUAUGUUUUGUUUUAUUAUUUAAAGAAAAUAAAUAAGCAAAUAUACUGAGGAUCACAGAAGUUACAAUAUAUAUAGAUAUCCAUAACUCAAAAUAGAAGAUUUGAAAGAAAGCCGUUUUCUUAAUUUGUUACCCUGUAAAUAAGUACACCUUUUUGUAAAACAAACUGAGUUUAAAUUAUUAACUCCAUCCAACAUCCAAGCAUGUGAAUGUGUCCUUAUUUGAUCGUAUCUUAUCGAUGUUCAGUGAUGUGCUCAGGUGCUCAACAAUGGCUGAGUAGCGUGUGUGCUGUCAUGCUACAGACAACGUGUACAGCAUACCCAAUGUUUAAAAAAAAUCCAGAAACGCCAAAAAAUACCCACAAAAUCACAAAAAAAAUAUUAGUCCUUGGAGAAAUGUAAUGUUUCCACAGUGAAUGUUGCAUGCCUAGAUGGUGGUUUGUUAAUACUCAUUUUGGUUUGAAUUUCUUUUAAUUUUCAUUUUGCUUCCAGAUUCAUCAGAGAAAACAAUACAGAGUUGUUCUAAAGGUUGUAAAAACUGAAACAAAAGCAGUAUGAGAAUUGUACAAAAAUGCUUGUAAAUCUGUCUGUUUUCACUUUAUGUAUAAAUCCAUGUCAUGUUUUUGUGAUUGUACACAGGAUGUAUCUGGAGAAAUUAUGCAAAUUGUGCUGUAUAAAGGCUGUUACUUCAGUCUGACAAAUAAAAAUUUAAAAUAU